GAACAGCGAAAGAAUAAGAAAGCCCCCCUGACCCGUGAUGCACGGCAAAUGAGCCCUGGGAUCGAUGAGAUUAAUUAGGGCUGCGUGCCCAAUCUGCGGUCGGACAGCUGGUGCACUUGUCCGUUCCGGGCUUAGCGGCUGCGCCAUCACAGCCCGACGGUCGGGCUGGCUCAGGAACGACAUUGGGAUUGGGUGAGACUUUGAGACACACCACGGCAUCCACAUUCCCGGAAGAGCAUAGUGUCGUACGGUAUGGUACAGAACCGAGUAUGGAUACAGUUAUGUACCGGAAUUACGUCCUACACGGUACGGCCAGAACAUCCGGUACACAUCUGGGACCGCCAUCGCACUGCAAUCAGACUACGGGGCUGUUACAGACUGAGUCCAUCGACCCCGUCCUAAUAAUAGGUUUCAUCUCAUCCCCCCACCACCUGGCCAAGGACGAGUACGGAGCAGACACGUCUAGAUCCUGAAGACCGUUGGUCUGUUGGAACGGGCAUCGAAGACUUUAUUUUCCACGGCGUACACCGAUCCUGGUAUGAUAGGUCUCAUACUCACCUGGGAACAAAUGGAUACUUCAGCUUCUGGUCGUGAACCGUGCGGCCUGGAUCCGAGUCCUGCUAGCUCAGCCACCGUUCUGGUCGCAAAAAUGGAUUCAGAGUGAAGUGAAGUACCGGCCAGUCGGUAAUGCCAUGAUUUCUUCAAGCAAGGGUUCAAACGGUGCGAGACGCCUGUUCAACGGCAGCUUUGGUUACGACGAUGAUACCCAUGUUGGGGAGAGGGCCUCAGGCCAUGCGGGAAGUCGGCAAGAUUAUCGAGAAGCGGAGUGUUCAAGUAUCGGAGCUGUGUGGAUUUCUUUUCUGUUCUUCUGGGAGAGGGGCGUGGGUGUGGACAUAAGGAGGGAGACGAGGGAGAGGGAGAAAGGGCGGGAUGGCAUGCUGGAACCUGGAACAUAGUACGCCAGGGACAGUAUUCCCAGCCAUCAAGAUGUGUUGGCUAAAAUUGCCGUCUUUCGCAUGUCUCUCCCUACAUGGCAACCAGCCAUGGAACAGGAGGCACGGAAAGAGAGAACAAAGGUGAGAGGGACGAGGAAACAAGUGAAAAUGAAUGACGAGGACUGAGCUAUGUAGGCCUCGGGUAGCGGCAAAAGAAACAGCAGAGACCAAGGCAUAACCUGUACUUUCAUAAUCCGUUCGAGUCAACUGUUGAUGGGAAAGAGAAUGCGAUGAAGAUGAUGGCGGAGCGGAGCGGAAGAGGAAGGAGAGAAACCCCAACCACAAUAAUAAUGGAAGCAAAGCACCAUCAUGAUCCGACCAGGCACGGGAUGUUCCGGCAGAGAAGGACUUGUGAUCUUGUGGUUGUCCAUCGGUAGCAUUGGAAGCAUUGGAAGCAGCCGGAGUGCAGCAUCACACCACCGACUGUCUUUGCACGGCCCGCGCCGAUUAGACUUCGCUAUAGUUCGAUAUGUCUUCCCCCUGGGGAUAUCUCUAUAUCGUCGAUUGGUGGUCACAAGGCCGUGGCAUGUCAUCGUGACUUCGGCUUCAUCGCGAUGCCUGUGAGGUGACCUUGUUUCCCUCGUCAUGAAUCGCUUCAACCUCGUUCCGUCAGUGGCCUGAGGACAUCUGGCGCCAUGUUGGUCUGUCUGCUCUUGGUGUAUAUAUAGGGCUAUGUUUGCCAUGCUGCUGAGGUAUUCUCAUCAUCAUCAUUAUCAUCAUCACCGUUGCUUAAUUGCAUCUGCUGCCAUUCUAUCAUCCAUCUAUAGACUACCCAUAUACAUCACAAUGGCCAAGGAAGCCCCCAGAGCCGCACACGCCCAGAACGAGUUCGGCGCAGAUCUAUGGAUCAAGGAUCCCAAGCCACAUCGCGCCCCCACCCAAGGACGUGGCAUGUUCGCCGGUCUCCAAGACGUCAAGCACUACAACGUCGACCACGGCUGGGCCAAGCGCGAUGAAACUCCUCAGUCUGGCCUGGUUGCUUUUCUCUGGAACCGUAUCUUCGGCGGCAGCUAUCGUCCUCCCAGCAACUGA